UUAAAGUUUAGAUUUUUUUUUUUUUUUUGGUUUCCUCUGCUUUCACUCCAGGAAGCAGCAACAAUGGCGGUUUCUCUAUCGUCACCAUCGUCUUCGACGAUCAAUUCCAUAACUUUACAGCCAAAGCUGAAGGUGGUUCAUGGAUUAAGAACAGUACUUCCUGGUUAUUCUGUCAAAUCUCACUUUCGUGGUGUUUCUCUCCGGCGUAGGGCUGUUGUUGUGUCGGCCAUUACUGGCGCUUCAGGAACUGGGAUUGGGAAAGAUACAGCUGAGUUGUUAGAUAAAGUGAAAGUCUUGGAUUUGAGAGGAAAUGAGAUUCCGAUUUCUGAUUUAUGGAAAGAUAGGAAGGCUGUUGUUGCAUUUGCUCGUCAUUUUGGAUGCGUGCUCUGUCGGAAACGAGCUGCUUAUCUUGCAGAAAAGAAGGAUGUGAUGGAUGCAUCUGGUGUGGCUCUUGUUCUGAUCGGACCAGGAAGUAUCGAUCAGGCUAAUACUUUUGUGGAACAGACUAAUUUUAAAGGAGAGGUUUAUGCAGAUCCAAACCACGCAUCAUACGAGGCGCUAGAGUUUGUUUCAGGGGUUACUGUGACAUUUACCCCCAAAGCUGCUAUGAAGAUAAUAGAGUCUUACAUGGAAGGAUACCGCCAAGACUGGAAACUCUCCUUUAUGAAAGAUACAGUAGAAAGAGGCGGCUGGCAACAAGGCGGAAUCCUAGUUGCUGGACCUGGAAAACAUAACAUCUCUUACAUCCGCAAGGACAAAGAAGCUGGAGAUGACCCACCUAUUCAAGAGAUUUUAAAAGCGUGUUGCGCUUGAAGGAAUCCACAAGCAUGGUUACAAAAAAAAAGAAAAAAAAUGGCAUCCUUUUUCUUACCAUAGAAUCAAAUCUCUCCUCUUUCUCUUCUGCUUCACAAGUCACAACACAAUGUAUCAAAAAAUAUGAACAUGGUGAAGGAGAUUGGUUUGUUUUGUACAAUAAAACAUGGUGAAGUAGCUUUAUACAAACGGUAUACAUAUACA